AUGCGGGAAUGGGAGGACGGUCACUGGCGCCGGAGUCGGGGUUGGCAUGGCUCAGACCUCAUCCACAGCCCGGACAGUGCAGUGUGCUUACCUCAGUCUUCGUUCCAGCAUGGCUAA